AUGUCUUCAAGUGUGCCAUACGAUCCGUACAUUCCAAAUCAGACUACUGGCGAUGAGUCCAACUCGCGGACUGCGGCAAUCCAAGCGCAAAUCGAUGAUACAGUUGGAAUCAUGAGAGACAACAUCAACAAGGUCGCUGAAAGAGGCGAGCGAUUGGAUUCAAUUGAGAAUAAGACUGAUAAUCUCGCAAUUUCCGCUCAGGGUUUUCGAAGAGGCGCUAAUAGGGUUAGAAAAGAUAUGUGGUGGAAAGACAUGAAGAUGCGCAUGUGCAUUAUCUUGGGUAUUAUAAUUGUUUUGAUUGUGAUUAUUGUACCCAUUGCUGUUCAUUUCUCGUAA